GAGCUGAAAUGCAUGAAGUUGAAGAAAGAAGAAGGGGGGGGGAGGGAGAAGAAGAAGAAAGCAGAAAUCAACCAAUCUCUAAAACCAUGGAAGAAGUUUGAUGGCAGUGCCUUCUCAGAAGACUGGCAAGAGGGGAAGCAGUGACAACGAAGUUACCAUAGUUUGCACGCUUUUACCAAGUAUCUGACUUUCAUUUUGCUGAACUCUCUUGGCCUUGAAGGAUUUCUCAGUGGCUUACAGUAAUUGGAGUAAUGAAGAUACUGCCAAGAAACUGAAUGGCUUCUACAGGGAGCCAGGCCUCUGAUAUAGACUCGAUAUUUGGAUUCAUCAAUGAUGAUGGUGCACCUCCCACCAAAAAACCCAGAAAGCUGCUUCCAAGUUUAAAAACAAAGAAGCCCCGGGAACUCGUGCUGGUGAUUGGAACAGGCAUCAGUGCUGCAGUUGCACCUCAGGUUCCAGCCCUAAAAUCUUGGAAGGGCUUAAUUCAGGCCUUACUGGAUGCUGCCAUUGACUUUGAUCUUCUAGAAGAUGAGGAGAGCAAGAAGUUUCAGAAAUGUCUUCAUGAAGACAAGAACCUUGUCCAUGUUGCCCAUGACCUCAUCCAGAAACUCUCUCCUCGUACCAGUAAUGUUCGAUCCACAUUUUUCAAGGACUGUUUGUAUGAAGUAUUUGAUGAUUUGGAGUCAAAGAUGGAAGAUUCUGGAAAACAGUUACUUCAGUCAGUUCUCCACCUAAUGGAAAAUGGAGCCCUGGUAUUAACUACAAAUUUUGACAAUCUUCUAGAACUGUAUGCAGCAGAUCAGGGAAAACAGCUUGAAUCCCUUGACCUUACUGAUGAGAAAAAGGUCCUGGAGUGGGCUCAGGAGAAGCGGAAGCUGAGUGUGUUGCAUAUCCAUGGGGUCUACACUAAUCCAAGUGGCAUUGUCCUUCAUCCUGCUGGGUAUCAGAAUGUGCUCAGGAACACUGAAGUUAUGAGAGAGAUUCAGAAACUCUAUGAAAACAAGUCAUUUCUGUUCCUGGGUUGUGGCUGGACAGUGGAUGAUACUACUUUCCAAGCCCUUUUUUUGGAGGCUGUCAAGCAUAAAUCUGACUUAGAACAUUUCAUGCUGGUUCGGAGAGGAGAUGUGGAUGAGUUCAAGAAACUUCGAGAAAAUAUGUUGGACAAAGGGAUUAAGGUCAUCUCUUAUGGAAAUGAAUAUGCUGAUCUCCCCGAAUAUUUUAAGCGACUGACUUGUGAGAUCUCUACAAGAGGUAGAUCAGCAGGGGUAGUCAGAGAUGGUCAGCUGAAUGGCUCAUCUACAACACACAGUGAAAGGAGAGACUGCAGUAUAUGAGAGCUAGAGAAAUCACCACCAUCAGGCCAAGCUGUGCGGCCCUACCAAAACCCAAUACAGCUCCUAGGAAGUACCAAACCCCAGAGGUUGAAGGCUGGAGGUAGUGUGGGGAAGGGGCGGGAGACUUCCAGCGUUACCUUCAUGCCAUCUGGUUCUUGAUAUUCUUCGGCCUGUUCCAGUGCAAGAAUACCCAAGAGACUCUGGGGACCACAUGCUAUCCCCCACUCUACCACCAGGGUGGACACACGUGUCCACACUGAUCGAUGUGGUACCUCCAUUGACUCUGGCUGCAGCUCUGCAUGAAGGACUGGAGAUCUAGAUGCCAUGGAAUCACCACAGCCCUGGUUGCAGUUUUGUACUCUACACUUGGUUUUUUUUUCAACUAAGCUUUAUGGCUUUUUCUAAAACAUGACUUGAAGCUCUAGUUUUCUAGAUCUUUUACAGUGUACAGUAUUUUACAUAAUUGAGUUGUAUUAAAAGCUUGUCCAUUUACUUCCCA